AGCAGGCAAAAGCCCCCGGAGCCCCGCGCAGGUUUGCCUGGCCUCUCCCGCAAUCUGAUUGGAUCAAGUCGGGCUCUACGUGGCGAGGGGGUCUUGGAAACCAUGGGUUAUUGCAGCGGCAGGUGCACGCUGAUCUUUGUCUGUGGCAUGCAACUGGUGCAACAUUUCUGCAUUCCUUUCAACUGUUGCUCAAGGUCCAUGCACCCUAUGAGAUGGACAGAUCAUGGAGGGUCAGCACCUAACUGUUCAGGGGCUACUCAGGUUUGUGUGCUGGAGAGGCAGAUAUUUGACUUCCUUGGGUAUCAGUGGGCACCAAUCCUGGCAAAUUUUGUGCACAUUAUUAUAGUCAUACUUGGCUUAUUUGGAACCAUCCAGUAUAGACCUCGCUACCUAACAGGAUAUGCUGUAUGGCUAGUCUUCUGGGUCACAUGGAAUGUGUUUGUUAUUUGCUUCUACUUGGAGGCUGGGGACCUUUCAAAGGAAACGGAUCUUAUCCUGACCUUCAAUAUCUCAAUGCACCGUUCUUGGUGGAUGGAGAAUGGCCCAGGCUGUACAGUGACAUCUGUGACACCAGCCCCAGAUUGGGCACCAGAGGAUCAUCGUUACAUCACUGUCUCAGGGUGUUUGCUUGAAUAUCAGUAUAUAGAAGUGGCUCACAGCUCCCUUCAGAUCUUCCUUGCACUGGGAGGGUUCAUCUAUGCCUGUUAUGUUGUGAAAUGUAUUACCGAAGAAGAAGACAGCUUUGACUUCAUAGGUGGAUUUGACUCUUACGGCUAUCAAGGCCCACAGAAGACAUCUCAUUUACAGCUACAGCCCAUGUAUAUGCUCAGCACUGAACUAGAGGAAAGAGCACCACCUAUUGAAUCAGCAACACCACUUCCAACAGCAUUGAGCUCUUCCUUGGAGGUCCCCUAUCCAUCCCAGUGCUGCUUAGUUUCUGAAAUCUUCCAGGAUCACAGCACAAGGCGGUCAAAGUGAACACGGUGACUUCUGUGUGGGGCUGAAAGACCUUUCAAAAAACUUGUUUCAGGAUGGCCCCAUGUGUUCUACAAACAGAAAAAAAAACCCACCAACCUUUGUGUUUUAAAAAAUGAGCAUACACAGAGACAGAGAAACAAAAGGUGCAUUCGACCUCUCUUUCCAACAAGUACAGGCAGAGAUGUACAUUACCCCCUUCCUGGAUUUCCUGAAUACACAAAAACAACUGCCAGACCUUUGGAAGGUUCAAAAGGAGAAGCAUUAGUGCCAUCUGCUGGCUAUUACGUGUGUUUACUACCUUCAUUCUUUUUAAUUGAGUUAUGAAAUUAUUUCAUCUAAUUGAGUUCUUUCUGGGACCACUUCAAGUAGCACCACGUCUCCUUAGUCAUUACAAUAUUUAAAAAAAUACCAUGAUGACCUUGUAACAGAAGCCAAUAGACAGCAAGUUGUUUGCCCUAAAGGCUGUACAGUACAUACUUGCCUUAACCCAACUAAAUUGCACAUCAGAGAAACUCAGUGCAGGCUUACUGAAGCGACUUCCUUUAGAUUCAACAUGCUGCUCUUAACUCUGAAAGAUUGUGUGUGUGUGUGUGUGUGUGUGUGUGUGUGUGUGUGUGUGUGUGUGUGUGUGUGUGUCAGGGGAAUAGGCUCUGUUGCUCAGCAGCACCAGAGCGACCGUGUAUGAAAACUGCCAGCUGUCAGAGAAGUGCUUUACUAAUGAGCCUUCACAGUGGUCAAGAAAACAAACAAUUUAUAACGCUCUAAAAAAAAACCAAAUAGAGCUCUGGGGUUGGGAAAGGGGCAAAGGGAAUCCCUCAUUAAACCAAUAACUGAACCUUUCAGAAAUAAACACCAGAAACAGUGUUUCGUAACCCCACUGGUUUUAUUUAUUACACUGUAGGUGCUUUUAUAACUACUCUAAAUAUACCUUUUAUUAACUAAAGAGACAUCUGCAGAUUUCUAUCAACAGAGGCCAGCUGAAUAUGUAUUAGCUACGUUUACUCUUUUAUAUCUAAUUUCAGUUGAAAACCCUGUAAGUAAGCAUUCUUUUUUCUAAUUGCACCAGAAGGGAGUUAACUUUUUUUUUUUUUUUGGAUGGUUGGUGUAGAGUAGAGAGAGACUAGCUGCAUUGGUGAAAUAUUGGAGACCUUUUUGUGGUAUAUUUGGGGAUAUGUUGUGUGUUAGAAUGUGUAUUUUAUCUUCCUGUAUUAUUGUGGCUGAAAAAAAACCUGUGCUGUUAUGUAGUUGGCAACAAGAUGCCUUUGGGGAUUUUACUUAGUAGGUCAAUGUGCUUAUGACAUAUUCUGAACUCAUAGGAACGUUUGUUUUAUUCUGAAUUUGAUCUGUAUUUUCAAGCACUUAGGCAGCUUUCAUUAGGAAAAAAAAUAUUUUGCUCAGGCUUUUCAAGAACUUGAACUGUCAUUCUUUCUUUGCUCAGAAUCUGCACAGACAAAUACAUAUGCCUGCCACAUACACCUGAAAGCCACCUGUCCUUGAGGCAUGAGGGUUCAGUGCUUGGAAAGGUACAAGUCAUCACAAAGUUACUCUUGUCUUAGUUUGACAAACCUUCACAGUCUCUGUGGUUUAUAGGUUCUGUUGCCCUGAGCACUAACUCUACUUAUCCAUUAUUAUAGAAAUUGGCACCCUUUGCUGUGUAUGCAUGGAUGUAACAUGUCACAAACAAUAAAUCUGGAUAAUGACAGUGUGGCAAGUAUUUCCCACUGAAAAUAAGAUAUAAGACAGGCUUAGGAACUAUAUUUACAUUAAUUCUGUAAGAUUUUCUCUAUAUGUGUGUGUGUGUGUAUGUGUGCAUGUAUGUAUGUAUAUAUAAUACACACCUACAUAUAUUGAGGGAAGCUGUAUAACAUUUUGGCUUGAACAUGGGGCUAAGAGCCAGGAUUUCCUGAUUUUUAAUCCCGGUUUCUGACAAGCCAUGUGACUACAGACAAGUCACUUAGGCCCUGGACCAGCAAACCACUUUAAAUGCUUAAUGUCUUUUGCUAAAUUGGGGUCUUCAAAAAUUUUCCUAUGUGGGUAACUAAGUUUAGACUCCUAAUCUAUAUUUAGUAGAGCUGGCUAGAAACUGGAAUUGCCCAUUCUAUGAAAAAUUCUUACAGCUCAAACUCUUUUUCAUUAUGACUCAGAAAAAAAAAAGCUGAAAUUUCUGACAAAUAUCUGACAAAUUUUGAGUUGGGCCAAUUGAAACAUGUUGUUCCUGUUGAACCAUUUUGUUUUGAUCAUGCUGAUUUAUUUCAUAUUAACUUUUAUAUUAGAUUUUAAAUGUUUACAAAUGCAGAUAAAUUAAAUAUAAAAGUCCAGAUUAAAUUAAUCAAAAUGUAUAAAAUAAUGAAAAAGUCAAAAACAAUUCAUUUUCACUUCUUCCCAUCAAAAAUACUGUUCCAGUGAAACAUUUUGAAUUAAACACAACUGCAUUUUUCAUUUACAUUUUUUUUUACCAGCUCCAGUAUGUAAGCACCUAAAUUGUGGCUUAUUUUCAAGGAUAAUGAGCAGUCAUGCCUUGCAUUGACAUUCCAUUCACAUUGAAUGGGAGCUAUAUUUGCUCUGCUCCUUUGAAAGUUAAACAGUUUAUUUAGGUGCCUCAGCAUGGAUUUAGGGCCCUAACUUUAGGUACCCAAGUUAGAAAAUUUGUCCUUAACAUCACUCUGUUUCAGUUUCCCCAACUAUAAAAUGGGAAUAAUAAUAACUACCUCACACAGUGGUUGUGAGGAUUAAUUAAUGUUUGUGCAGUGCUUAGAAUUACUAUGUAAGUGCUAAGUAUUAAAAAUAAUGUGUGUAUAUUUAUAUAUUGCAUAUGUACACACAUAUGUAUACAUACACUCAAAUAUAUAAAGAUAUAUACACAUAUAUAUAGUAGGCAUUCAUAUUCCUGAUUAAGUUGCAGUUAAAGCACUAGUAUUUCAGGACUGUUGACUACUACACUAAAGGAUGAUGUCUUGGAAGCAGUUUGGAGCACAGUAGUGUGAAAAUAUCUGGAAUGACAUUUUUGAUUUGUACAGCUGUAUCCGCCUCAAAAUCCAGUAAAGAAUGUUAUUUUUCUAGGCUGGGUUUUUGUUAUAAAGCUAAAUAUUCAGAAGGCAAGAGUUACAAUCCAAAUGUGUCUUUUUUUUUCCUUUUUGCGUUUGUUAAUUCUGAAUGUAUUUUUAACAAAAGUGAUUUUUUUUACUUACUAGUGUAAUUUGCAUUAAAAAAUAAAUGAAAAAAAUAUAUAGGCUUCCAAGCUAUUCAUGGCCCAUCUGGUGCUAUUCACAAUUUGCAAGAAACUUAGAAUUACAGUUCCUGGCCGACAACAAUCCAGCAUGAGGACUCCUUUUAAAUUUACAAGAUGCCGCAUGAAUGUGUCAGUGCUGAAAAGAAAUUGCCAGGUCAUGACAUCAUUUUAACUGAGUCAUAGGUAACACGUAUUUUCAUUAUCUACUGACACUAAAAGGAUCCUUUUACAAGGCUCACUGCAACAGAUGCAUUGUCAUUUAGAAAAUGUCUUUUUAUUUUGUCUACUCAUCAGGAAUGUUAAGUCUGUGACAGGUUUACAGUUGCCAACAGUGCUAAGUACUGUAUUAAGUAAUCCUUGCUAAGAGGGAGCUAUGUAAUAUGGAUUUUUCCACUGCAGUUCAUUUAUUAAAAUGCUGCUUCAUUGCCCAUACAGUGCAAUAACACAAUAAAAUGAAAACCUGA